AAACUACUUCUCUUGUUAUCUGUGUUUCCUUAAGAUGCUGUUAUUGAGAUGUCCUGCCAAAUAAUGGAUGGGUAUUUUCUAGAAAGAGUUUGGGGGACAGUAGGAGAAUGACGCUUCGUACUUCUGCAGGAAAUGGCUCUUGAAGUUAAAUGAGGCUGGAUAAAACACAUAAAUGAAGCAGAAGCUGCUCUGCAUGUGUUAGGGCUAUAUCACCAUAAGCACUGCUGAUCAGCCAGACUUGGUAACUUGUCAUAAUGAAGAAAAUUAGUCUCAAAACAAUUCGCAAGUCCUUUAACUUAAAUAAAAGUAAAGAUGAAAGUGACUUUGUAGUGGUUCAACAGCCAUCUUUAAGUGAAUUUGGAAAAGAUGACUCCCUGUUUGGCAGCUGCUAUGGUAAAGAUUUGGCUAGCUGUGAAGUCAAUAGUGAAGAUGAAAAAGGAGGCAAAAAUAGAUCAAAAAGUGAAAGCUUAAUGGGUACGUUAAAAAGGAGGCUUUCAGCAAAACAAAAGCAAAAAGGCAAAGGCAGCACACCAUCUGGAAGUUCCGCAGAUGAUGACACCUUUUCUUCGUCAUCUGCUCCAAUAACUUUCAAAGAUGUGCGAGCUCAAAGACCUCUGAGAUCCACUUCCCUCCGUAAUCAUCAUUACAGUCCAACUCCAUGGCCCCUUCGACCUACAAAUUCAGAAGAGACUUGCAUAAAAAUGGAAGUGAAAGUCAAGGCCUUGGUCCAUUCCUCUAAUCCAAGCCCAGCACUGAAUGGCGUUCGAAAGGACUUCCAUGACUUGCAGUCAGAUAACGUGUUCCAGGAACAAAACAAUGCAUUAAAAAAUACGGAAUCUCAGAAUGGGGACUUGCAUCUUCAUAUUGAUGAACAUGUGCCUGUAGUUAUUGGAUUAAUGCCUCAGGACUACAUUCAGUAUACUGUGCCUUUAGAUGAGGGAAUGUAUCCUUUGGAAGGAUCACGUAGUUACUGUCUGGAUAGUUCCUCACCCAUGGAAGUUUCAACUGUUUCUUCUCAAGUGGGAGGAACUGCUUUCCAUGAAGAAGAGAGUCAAGUGGAUCAGGAUGUAGUAGUUGCACCAGAUAUCUUUGUGGACCAGACAGUGAAUGCUUUGUUGAUUGGUACCACAGGAGUCAUGUUGCAAAGUCCAAGAGUUAAUCACAGUGAUGUCCCUCCACUUUCACCUUUGCUACCUCCAAUGCAGAAUAAUCAAAUCCAAAGGAACUUUAAUGGAUUGAAUGGCACAGAUGCCCAUGUGGCUGAAAGUAUGCGCUGCCAUUUGAAUUUUGAUCCUAACACUGCCCCUGGAGUUGGAAGAGUUUAUGAUUCUGUACAGAACAGUGGUCCUAUGGUUGUGACAAGUCUCACAGAAGAACUGAAAAAACUUGCAAAACAAGGAUGGUACUGGGGCCCCAUUACACGUUGGGAAGCAGAGGGAAAAUUAGCUAAUGUGCCUGAUGGCUCGUUUCUUGUUCGAGAUAGUUCUGAUGAUCGUUACCUUUUAAGUUUGAGUUUUCGUUCCCAUGGGAAAACACUUCACACUAGAAUUGAACAUUCAAAUGGUAGGUUUAGCUUUUAUGAACAACCGGAUGUGGAGGGACAUACGUCUAUAGUUGAUCUAAUUGAACAUUCGAUCAGGGACUCUGAAAAUGGAGCUUUCUGCUAUUCAAGAUCCCGAUUACCUGGAUCUGCAACUUAUCCAGUGAGACUAACAAAUCCAGUAUCUCGGUUUAUGCAGGUGCGUUCUUUACAAUACCUGUGUCGUUUUGUAAUACGUCAGUACACCAGAAUAGACCUGAUUCAGAAACUGCCUUUGCCAAACAAAAUGAAGGAUUAUUUACAGGAAAAGCACUACUGAAAGCUUAUGGAAAUCUUGCAUCUUGCACUUUGGGAACAACAACAACAAAAGAGAUUGAAUUACAGUUUACAGACUUUCAUUAUUAUCAAAAUCUUUUGCUGCCAUAACAAUAUUUCAUUUUUGUGUGUAAAAGAAAGGUAAUGCAUUUGGAUUUAUGUUUGUUUUGGGGGGUUUUGUGUAUUUUGGGGGGCUCUUUUUUUUUUUUUUUUUGUAAAGAAUGAUCUCAACUUUAUUUUUAGAAGUGUGAAAUAGCUAUCUUUCAUCAAUGUGCAGAUUAAUCACAAUGUGAAUGAUCAAAUUAUCCUUAAUUUCCCCCAAGUCCUUUGCUGCUAUCCACUGUGAUUUUUAUGCAUUGAAAGCACAUUUCAUGUGUAUUCAACCAUAAGUAAAAGUCAAUGAAACUUGUUCAAUGGAUUUUUAUUCCUUUAAAAUAGCCUGUUUGAUCAUGGUUAAUAGCAUUGGUAUUCUAAAUUAAAGUAUUUACAUCUAUGUUAAAAAUGAUUUCCUAGUUUCCUAAUUAUAAAUUUCUAAUGUGGAACUUAAUAGAGCUGUGUGAUAAAGACAUGCUUAUGCAGCAGAUAUCUUAAAAACAAACAAAAAAAAACCCAAACCCAAUAAAGAACAAAACAUCUUUCUCUUAAGCCUUGUAUUGUCUGUACACUACUUUGUGUUUGAGAAAGUUGGUUCAGCUUUCUUAUUGUCUCAGUAUUUUGUUCUUCUAAAAAUGGCCUUUAAAAAAAGAAGUCUGUGAGUGUCAAUUCAUCAUACCUAUGAGGAAGUUGCAGCAUUGGGAUGACAUCAAAUAUCUUUAAAUGCCAUCAAUUAAAUAAGCAAACUCCUACCAGGACCCCUCUUUCUGUUGUUUACCCUCUUACCCCCCUUUGGGCAAAAAUAUGCUCUGAAAUUAUAGGGAGAUUCUAGGAAAAGCUUUUACUGAAAUACGAACUGGUAAGCCAUUUCAGGGAUUGUGUAAAACUUCUAUUAGGAGGAUUUCUACAAUAUUUAUUCAAAAUACUAGAAGUUUCAGCAUUUUCCAUUUUUCUGUAGAGGAAAAAAUAGGACUAAUAAUAUUUUGGAUGGAAGUUGCUUGAAAUGAAUCUCUAAAGCUCUAUUCUCAUAGUCCUCAGUAUUCUGGGGAGGAGAGGUUUGAAUAUAUAUUGACCACAGAAAAUAUUUCAGUUAACUGUCAUGAAAUAUGUUUUGACAUAUGAAAUAUUGAAUCCAUUCAGUAAAUUUUUAUGAUAUCUGUUGAAGAUUCUGGCAUUUGAAAAGCUUAUAGUUAUUCUUACAUUCAAUAGGAAGAAGACUUUUAAUUGGGAAUACAGGUUCCACACUGUAAUCAUUCAUUCUUUCAAUGUUAAUCCAUGGCAUUUUUUUGUUUUCUUUCUUUCUUCUUUUUUUUCCUCCUCCUUCUUGCCCAUGAUUCUGUCCCUUUUAUGUUAAAGGGAUCAUGGCUAACUGACUUGGGAGGGAGGCUUACUCUGCCUCUCUCUGUCCCUAGAUUUUGGUAUUUAAAGUGUCAUCUUCCCCAUCUCUGGUAGGAGUUGCUAGUUAGUAAACAUCAGCAUAAAAAGGGCUGUUUAUCUUUGAUACAGCUUUCUUUUUUAGGUCAUUUUCUUCUUUUUGUUUUAUCUAGCCUUUUGCCCCCUGAAGUGAAUUCUUUAGUAAUGAAACACUAUUGCUGCAAGGUGGUGUAAUAGCACUACAUCUUGGGUUGCCUGAAUUGAUAGACAAAAUUUAUAUUUUUUUAAUUUAUUUUUUGACCAUAAUGUUUAACAAAAAAGUAAAAAAAAAAAAAAAAAGAAAAAAAAAGAAAAACAAAGGUAGAUAAAGGCUGCCUUUGCUUUUAAGGGAGCGAGAGUAAGGAUUUCUUCUUUAGUCUGAUAAAAGUUUUAAAUUAAAAAAAAAAAA